AUGCAAGUGCCGGUUCUCGGCUGCACUUUCCUCAUGCUGUCAGAUCGUGAGGAAAGUACUGCCGAGAACCGGCAGUUGUCAGAGCGGGGAUCGGCACCGAUCAUCAGGGCACUGAUGAUCAGUGCCCUGAUGAUCGGUGCCCAGCAGUGCCACCCGCAAGUUCCGCCCACCUGUGCCCAGCAAUCACCCACCUGUGCCCAGCAGAGCACCCACAUGUGCCACUCUGCAGUGCCACCUACCUGUGCCCAGCAGUGCCACCUACCUGUGCCCAGCAGUGCCACCCACCUGUGCCCACGAGUGCCACCCACCUGUGCCCACCCACCAGUGCCACCCACCAGU